AUGCUAGAGUCCAACAACCUAGAGACGUUCGAAGGUCUGCUCAACAGUUCAUCUUACCACACCUUCCUCCUGGACGAAGAGAAAGGAAGACUGGUGGUGGGAGCCAAAGACCACAUUUUCUCCUUCAACCUCCUAAACAUCAGCAAAGACAUUGUACAGAUCCCUUGGCUGGCAUCUCCCAUCAAGAGGGACGAAUGCAAGUGGGCUGGAAAAGAUCUCUCGAGAGAGUGCGCCAACUUUGUCAAAGUGCUGCAGCCGUUCAACCAGACUCACCUUUACGUGUGUGGAACGGGAGCAUUUCACCCUGUAUGUUCCUACCUGGAGGUCGGCAAGAAAUUAGAGGACAACAUUUUCAGACUCCUGCCUCACACUGAGAACGGUAGAGGAAAAAGUCCUUACGAUCCAAAGCUGCUCACCGCGUCCAUGCUGAUUGAUGGGGAAUUGUACGCCGGUACAUCGGCUGAUUUCAUGGGACGUGACUUUGCCAUAUUCCGCACCCUUGGAAAACAUCAUCCAAUCAGGACAGAGCAGCAUGAUUCCCGCUGGCUCAAUGAUCCCAGGUUCGUAGGUGUCCAUCUGAUUCCAGAGAGCGACAACCCCGAGGACGAUAAAAUCUACCUGUUCUUCAGAGAGAACGCCAUUGAUGGAGAGCACGCCGGGAAAGCCACACACGCUCGAAUUGGCCAGCUGUGCAAAAAUGACCUCGGGGGGCACAGGAGUCUGGUAAAUAAGUGGACCACCUUCUUAAAGGCUCGUCUCGUCUGCUCAGUGCCAGGAAAUAAUGGGAUUGAGACACAUUUCGAUGAACUACAGGAUGUUUUUCUCAUCAGCACCAAGGAUCCCAAGAGCCCAAUCAUCUAUGCGGUUUUCACCACAUCCAGCAACAUCUUCAAAGGUUCCGCUGUAUGCAUGUACAGCAUGACUGACAUCCGCAGAGUCUUUCUGGGUCCUUACGCUCAUAGAGACGGACCUAACUAUCAGUGGGUGCCCUACCAGGGGCGAGUGCCUUAUCCACGGCCAGGCACAUGUCCCAGCAAAACGUUCGGAGGAUUCGGCACAACCAAAGACCUUCCCGAUGAAGUUGUAGUCUUUGCCCGAAGCCACCCGGCCAUGUUUAAUCCCGUCUACCCGAUUAACAACAGACCGAUCAUAGUUCGAACCGACGUGGACUAUCAGUUUACUCAGAUUGUGGUGGAUAAAGUCGAAGCAGAAGAUGGCCAGUAUGACGUCAUGUUCAUUGGAACCGAUAUAGGAACGAUUCUGAAAGUGGUAGCCAUCCCAAGAGGCUCGUGGCAUGACCUGGAAGAAGUUCUUCUGGAGGAAAUGACUGUCUUCAGGAAGCCAACAGCCAUUACAGUGAUGGAGCUUUCAACAAAACAGCAACAAUUGUACCUGGGCUCAGACAUGGGUGUGUCCCAGAUGCCUUUGCAUCGCUGUGAGGUUUAUGGAAAGGCCUGCGCUGAAUGCUGUCUAGCAAGGGACCCCUACUGUGCAUGGGAUGGUACCGAGUGCUCCAGAUAUUUUCCCAUGGCAAAAAGGAGAACCAGGAGACAAGAUAUCAGGAACGGAGACCCUCUUACACAAUGUUCAGAUCUGCAACAGCACGGUAUCGAGCAGAAAACCCUGGAAGACAAGAGCGUCUACGGCGUGGAGAACAGCAGCACCUUCCUGGAGUGCAGCCCCAAGUCGCAGCGAGCGUUAACUUACUGGCAGUUUCAGCGCUCUUCUGAUGAGCGAAAACAGGAGAUGAAAUCAGAAGACCGUUUUGUCCGCACAGAGCAAGGUCUUCUGAUCCGCACGCUCAACAAAAAAGAUUCUGGCAUUUAUCUAUGCCAGGCGGUGGAGCACGGCUUCAUGCAGACACUCCUGAAAGUGACUUUAGACGUGAUCGACGCUGAGCGCCUGGAAAAUCUGCUGCACGGCGACGACGAAACCGCCGCCAACGCAUCGGUCCAGGAACUCCUACCGCUCCGGGACGGGGCCAAUCCCAAACUUUGGUACCGAGACUUCUUAUCUUUGGUUAACCACCCGACUCUGAACAGUGUGGACGAGUUCUGCGAGCAGGUUUGGAAGCGGGAGCGCAAGCACAAGAAACAGAAAGCUCACUUGGUACAGCAGAAAUCGACGCUGAACGUCCACAACCACCCGCACAAUCAAGGCCUGUCGGUCAAGUGGAAACACCUGCAAGAACGGCAAAAGGGGCGUAACCGCAGGACCCACGAGCUGGAGCGGGCCCCCCGCAGUGUCUGA